UCCAAAAUGUGUGGUUAGUACGUGUUUAGCCCUUAUUCGGUAUCGACGUUGUGAAUUAGUUCUUGUGUGCGGACUAUGUAAAUAAAUUAAGAAGAUACAUAUAUGUGUGCAUAUUACAUAUAGUUACAUACAUAUGCUUCUCUUUUGGACAAAACGGAUGUGUGUGGGCAUUUUAAUUGCCUUGCUCGCCAUUUCAGCAUUUGAACAACAGUUGUUAAAUCCAUAAAAUAGUUGUUCCAAUGUGCGUGUAUAUGUUUCAAUAGUCUGAAUUAUUUUUAAAUUUAUAAAGGGUUAAAUGGUGGCACCAAUAAAUAAGUGCUUAUACAGCGACACUAGUUGCAAUUGAAAAGCAAGGAUGUUUUUCGUUUCCGUUGUAUGUAUUCACCAGAUCGAAUAAACAGGAAUACGAGUUAUAAGAAUACACACUUACAUAUGUACAUAUGUACAAAAGUAAUAAAAAUCUUGUGUAUUGGCAAAAAUUAAAAUGCGUUUAAAAAUCAUAUAGAGCAAUCAUUCUUAAGUUGGCGUCUUUACAUAUGCAUAGAUAUGUAUGGGCAUGAGCAUUUUCUUACGCAUGUGUAAAAUAAGUGGCUUUAUGAAAUUGUGUAACUCUGUUUAGCCAGAAAAAUAAACAAAUGUCAAUUAUUUCAAGAUUAUUUAAAUUCGUAUCUUCAACUAUGCGCAAAUGCACUUGCAAGUGAAUGCCCAUUCAUAUAUACGUGUGUUAUAUACAUAUGUGUACACAUAAUAAAAAAGGAAACAUUUUAAUUUCCGAAAAGUAAAUCAUUAUUUCAAAUUAUUUCUAAAUACUCCUGUAUACUUGUGUCUGCAAACGCUUGUACAUUUAUGUGAAUAUAUAUAAAGUUAACUAAUAUACAUAUGUUAAUAGAUCUUAUUAAUCGUAAAAAUUCAACGAAACAAAUAAUAAAUACAAAAUAACUUAAAAAUUGGAUACAAAUAUUUUUUGGAAAAGUACAGGCACAUGUACAUAUGUAUAUAGACGAAUCUAUGUUGUGCCAAUAGGUGUACAUGUUUGUGAUCAUAAAAGAAUUAAAGUAAACAACAUAAAUACUUUAAUAAAAAUACAACCAUACAUAUAAUUGUGCAUAUAAAACGGUUAAUACUAAAAGUCUGGGAAAAUAAUGUAACCAAUGUAACCAAAAUAAACGCAAAUAGAAAUUCAAAAUGUUACCACGACUACUACCGGAAAAACGGGAAGAUAACAAGACUGCAAAUUCAUUCACAAGAGAAAAUAUUGAAGACGCCAGCAGCAAAUGGCGACUUUGGUGUCCAUUUCAUCCAUACAGUAAGCUUAGCUGGCAACGUUAUCGAACGUUUCGCCUUCUUGUGAAUCGCCGUAUUAUGUCCAAUGCCUAUUUAUUUAUUCUGCUAUUUGCGGUGUUCUUCCCACCCAUAUUGGCUCAGCAACAGAAGUUCAGGGUUACCCCAUAUGAUCUUCAAGUAUUAGAAGGUGCGGAAGCAAUGAUGCGCUGUGAAGUGUCUAAUAAAGCAGGCGCUGUACAGUGGACAAAGGAUGGCUUUGCACUAGGUUUCUCAGCUGUUAUUCCUGGGUUUCCUCGUUAUUCGGUGUUAGGUGAUCGAAAUCAAGGUGUAUAUAACUUACGAAUAUCAAAUGCGUCUAUCACUGACGACGCGGAAUAUCAGUGCCAAGUGGGCCCAGCACGUCUUCACUCAGCCAUACGAGCAAAUGCAAAGUUAACAGUAAUAGCACCACCUGGAUAUAUUGAAAUACAAGGAUAUGCUCAAAAUUCGAAGGUAGAGGUUAGAGAGAAUCAAGAUUUAUCAUUGCACUGUAUUGUGGGGAACGCAAAGCCAGCCGCUCAAAUCAUCUGGUAUCGUGGCAAUGUGGAAUUUAAAGAAGGUCGCGUUGACAAAAUUGAAGAGACUUCCUCAAAACGCUACACCACAAAAUCCACAUUAAAUAUAAAACCAAAUGCUGAUGAUGAUUUCAUGGAAUAUACCUGUCAAGCGAAGCACAAAGCGUUGCCUCCGGAUAUGCCAUUGCGCUCUACAGUUCAUCUUUCCGUUCUCUAUCCACCUGGUCCUCCAUAUAUUGAAGGUUAUACUCAAGGCGAGAUCUUACGAAGGGGUCAAACAGUAGAAUUGGUGUGCCGGAGUAGGGGAGGCAAUCCACCAGCGCAAUUAAUUUGGUAUAAGAAUGGUUCCCAAAUUCGAAUGGCAUACAGGACUGCUGGACGAUUGUCGGAAAAUAUCUACACCUUUACUGCAGAAGCAAGCGAUAAUAAUGCACGUUUUCGAUGUGAGGCCAGUAAUGUAAUGUCGCAAAAUCCUUUGAAGGCUGAAAUUGACAUAACUGUACUUUUCGCCCCGACACAUGUAUCAAUUUCGGGACCUUCCGAAGCGCGUGUUGGGGACUUGGUAUCACUAACAUGUGCUACGGCGCCAUCUAAUCCACCAGCGGAAAUUAAGUGGAUGGUCGGAGGGCGUCAAAUACGAAAUGCCACUUCAAAGACGAACGCCAGUCCUGAAGGUGGAUGGGUUACUUUUUCCAACAUUACUACGACUGUUGAACCCAAUAAAAGAUCGCUUGUAGUAAUUUGUCAUGGACUCAAUAUGCAGUUAACAGAGAACGUUGUCUCAACACAUACAGUAAAUAUUUUGUAUCCACCUUCUGCCCCAAUAAUUUCUGGAUAUAUGGAAGGGCAAAUUAUACCAGCCGGUUCAGUGCAAAAACUGCUAUGUGUCUCUUCAGGAGGAAAUCCGUUAGCCACUCUGACAUGGUAUAAGAAUGAUAAAAGGGUUAAUUCCGUAAUACGUACCGCUGAUAAGUCUGUUUCUGCCGAAAUAACCAUCCUGGCGAAUGUAACCGAUAACCAAGCACAAUACCGUUGCGAGGCAUCUAAUAGUGCUACUGAAAUACCCCUUUUCGAGAGCACUAUUCUAAGCGUUCACUUUGCACCCGAAACUGUUAAAAUACGUGUUGAACCUGAAGUACUUAAGCCUGGUAUGGAGGUAACUAUAAUUUGCGAUUCAAGUUCAAGCAAUCCGCCAGCAAAACUUACUUGGUGGAAGGAUGGUAUUCCAAUUGAUGGAAUAAAUAAUUCGUCUAAAGCAGGGUUGUGGGGAGGUACGGUCUCCACUUUGGAAUUCAAAGUGAAUGUGUCUCAGGACAUGAAUGGUGUGGUUUAUACAUGUCAGAGUGCAAACGAGGCAUUACAGCGUAGUGUUCAUGAGGCAGUUAGCUUAAAUGUACUAUAUCCACCAGUGUUUCUUCCGCCUCCAUCAUCUACUGCUGUAGGGGUUGAAGGAGAAUCCUUACAAGUCUCACUUAGCGCUACAGCCAACCCAAUGACAGUUUCGUAUAGUUGGACAAAGGAUGGUUUGCCAGUACCUUCAACUUCCACCAGUAAUGGGGGUGCAGAACAUCGCAUAUACGCCGAUGGAGCUAAUCUUAACUUCACAAAACUCAAUAGAAAUGACGCUGGAAUUUAUGUAUGUGAAGCCAGUAAUUCGGAAGGUUCCGCAAAGCUUAAUGUUACUAUUGUGGUCGAAUAUGGUACCACUAUAAAAUCUAUUUCGGAAAAUGUUGUUGUAAAUCCCGGCGAAGAUGCAAUGUUAUCUUGUACAGUGGAGGGAAAACCAUUAACUGAGGAGCACAUUAAAUGGGAACGGGUUGCUUAUGAUAUGUCAAAGAAAACUACCACCUCGUUUGUGAAUGGCACUUCAUAUCUUCACAUUAAAGAUGCACGCCGGGAAGAUGUUGGUAACUUUCGGUGCAUUGCUGAUAACCGUGUUGCCAAUCCCACAAAUCGCGAUAUCCUGCUAAUUGUCAAAUUUGCACCCGAAAUCGAUAAAUCGCCAACAUUAUUACGUGCAGCGAGUGGAACUGGGGAACGCGGACGGUUGCCAUGUCGCGCCCAAUCUGCUCCAAAACCCACAUUCAUCUGGCGUCAGGAAGGAAAGGAUUUACAAGUGAAUCGUACAUAUAAAUAUGAAGUUGAGGAAAAGAAAAUCGAUUCAUUAACAUAUGAAUCUACACUGAUAAUUGAAAAAGUUGCUCCAGCCGAUUAUGGCGCUUAUGAAUGUGUCGCAACAAAUGAGCUUGGUCAAACUACGGGAUCCAUUCGAUUGGAUAUCACCUCCCAGCCAGAUACGCCACUUAGUUUGAAUAUAUUAAAUGUUACACAUGACAGUGUUUCUUUAGCGUGGACUCCAGGAUUUGACGGUGGAUUGAAAGCUUCCUACAGAGUUCGAUACAGAGAAGCGAAUCGAGAACAAUAUAAAUAUAUCGACAGCUUGCCAAAUAGCCAUAAAUUGACCAUAAGCGGAUUAAGAACCAACACACUGUACUUAUUCUCGGUGAUGGCGUACAAUGAUUUGGGCAACAGUAAAUAUUUACCAGAUUUACAACGAGCACAAACUAAAGAAGCUCCGCCUCCAUCGCAACCGGCCUCUUCUUUGGGAGGUCCACCGACAACCACCUCAACACCAUUGGGAGGCACUUCAGGUUUACUUCUUUUAGUGGGUGUUGUUUCAGGUGUCACAGUUGUUUUAUUAAACGUUUUCAUUAUCGGAUGUUGCCUGCACAAACGAAAUCAAAAACGACUUAAGCGAGGAUUGGAAAUAUCAACUGAAGAAUUAACUGAAGACUCAAGUACUCCAAGUCUUGUUAUAUUGGGAAUAUCAAUGGCAGCGUUUGGAUUUUUGGUAGUCAAUGCUGCUUUAGUGGCUUGGUUCUUUGUUCAUAAUCGUCGCAAGAAAGCUGAGAAUGACAACCAACCAGGGAAAACAGCAACUAUCGAAAUGUACGCACCAAGUUCCUAUAACGAUACCGUUACCGGAGAAACUUUGUCAAGUGUUUCCGAAAAGAGUGAGUCGUACUCGAACGAUGGUAGUCAAGUGGAAUAUACGGAGGAAGCACGAAAAAAGGCAGCUUCGACAUAUUUGGUAGAGAGCAACGAUAUGCCACCCCCUCGUUAUCAAAAAGAUGGCACCAUGCCCAUAGUCUACCCAAGUAACAUAGUCAAUGCUCGAACUUUACCACAUCCCCGCCACCACAGCAAUGUCACAAAUAUAUUAGAUCAUCGAGCACAUGAUGAUCAAAUCCUUAUAAACAAAGGAGUGUACAUUCCGUCCCCUUCGCCAGCGCCACCACCUGAUGGUUCAUAUUAUAAUAUGAAUAGUGACAGAUAUCUUUCGUAUCCGCCUAUGGAUUAUCCUCCACAAUUGGAUUUUGCAUCGCCUCCACUACCCAUGACACAUCUUCAACCGAUUUCACAGGCAUCUAUAAUUAGUGGUAAUGCAAUGAUGGGCGGUGGUGGGGGUACUCUUCGUCGAGGAAUUAUGCGUGGAGUUGUAGGCAUGCCACCUCCUGAUGUCACUCAACUAACAAAUACUAGCAUGGCUGGUACUAGCAAUAUUCAACUGCUUCACGAACUGCAUCCAAUAAAUAUUUCAAACAAUUCAUGCUCCACACAAACCACAAGCAUAACAGGUAAUGGGAGCAUGAUGUCAACGAUUCCGAGCAGCACCUCCAAACAGCCUCAAAGCAUACUUAAGGAUCCAAAUAGAUCUAAACCACAGCAACAACUAUUGAGUGCGAACCUAGUUGGUGUGGGUGUACCCACUGCUACAGGUAGCCUUCAAAUUCUUAAUAUCCCAACAUCUGCUGGUAUUAGUGGUAAUCUACUGAUGACCGCGAGUGGAGCUUAUGAUCCGACCAACCUUAGUACUUUCAAUGCAGCAACUGGUACAACAUUGGCUUACACGGAUGCCGAUGGCCAUUUAGUAUAGCUGUAGGAGCACACGGGACUACCGUUGUCAACUGCGCUAGCCGUAAUUGAUGCCUCUACGGCUCCCGCUGUUGUCAGCUCCAAUAGUACACGCUACUGACAAAAAAAUAAUACUCGUACAAUUGCACAGGUCAAAGUGAGAAAAUAUUGCAGAAAAUAGAAUAAUUAGGCAAGAGAAAAAGAUACUGAGUUUAACAAUAAGAUUAGAUUUAAGUUUAUUUAAUACAAUUAGAUUAAAUUAGUACUUAUCAACAUAAAAGACCUGAUGCUGAAAUGGUUGCAUUAAAACAAGCUCAAGUAUGUGACAAGUACCCAACCAAAUGUCAACACUUUGUUUGUACUCCUCUUCCACCUACCUACAAAGACGAGUAGACACCAAAGAUCGUUUAACUUGCUUAAUGAGCCCACAUAUGAAGGUACAUGUAUGCAAUUUUUGUAAAAGUACUAUAUAAUUAUUUACUCAAACUUAUAAUAGUACAUUUUUGGUAUCCUCGUUUUGUAAAUUAAGUAAUCAUACAUUUUUGAAUUUUUGAAUAUUGAGUGCACAAAAUCAAUCAUAAGUCACAUCAUUAAAAAGGAGGGUUUAAUGAUGAAGGAUUUCUCAAAGAGCUCUAAAUUGUCGCAGACGGCCAACGUUUUAUAUUAAAUAAAAUAUCAUAAUAUUAUGGGUAUACGUUGGGUAGGAUUGUGAGUUGCAAUCCGGUAAAUUUCCCCACAAAUUGAAUGUUGAGCUUAGCUAUGGAUUCAUAUUUAUUUUCCCACAAGUUUUACGGUUUAAGAAAUGAAGACAUAUAAAUAAAAAAAAACAGUACUUCAAAAGCUUUACACGCUGUUUUAGCAGCGCUUCAAAUGGAAAUCGAGCUUUCCCACAUUAGUAUCGUCAUAGGAGUUAAUGUGUUUGGCUGUGUGCUUAUUAAUACAUUUGUACAUUUAUUAUGUUAUAUAAUUCUAAUAGUGAAAUAACAGUAAAAUAAGGCACCCAAAUCGUGAGUAUUUAAAUACAAGUGAAGCUGACGGAGAGCUUGUGGCUCACAUACGUGCACACAUAUAUAUGUAUAUAUAGAGUUGUAGACAUAUGCAUAACAAGUGCACUUCAUGCUUUCGAGUGAGUGCAUGCAUUUGUGCACAUGAAUGUUGUGAAAACUUUUCUGAUGGUUAUAAACAAAAACACAAUAUUAAUAAUUUCAGUUAAUAUUUACUAUAUUUUAAAUUAUGAAUAUACACUUCAGCUUAAAGCUUUUCCUGAAACCUGACUUUAAACGACUUGACCUGACCGAAAAUAACAACUUUUGAGUUUCUAAUGCAAACAUUUAUUUAGAUACUAUUACUGAUGUGAGAAAAAUGGCCACUGAUAUUCUAAUUAAAUCAUUAAACUAUACAUAAAAUGUAAAAACAACUAACUUAAAUUGUUAUAAAUUAAUUAGUUAUUCACGUCUAGCAUUAAGAUCUUGUGUCGAAUAAAAUUUUAGAAGUUUCCUCGUGAAAACUUUUGGUACACUUGUGCAGACAUGUGUGGGUAAGCAUGCGAAUAUGACAAUAAUUCAAUAUUUAAUAGAUUUCCAUAACCUCUUCUACAUUUAAUAUUUUGACACUGCUCUUAAGCUGCAGUUUUCUGUACUUUGUUGAGAAAAUAUACUAUGACUAAUUUUGAACUUAAUAUAAAAACCUGCAAGUGUUAGUAAUAACUUUAAGGUUCGGAUGCAUACAGGAUAAUAGAAAAUAUCAUAAAAAAUUUUAUCCUUUUUUGUUUGUGUCGAAAAUACAAGAAUUUUCCCUCGUUCGACCCUAUAAUAUAUAUGCAUACACUUUUUCAAUGACAAUAUUAAUGUGGGCUAAUUAAGUGAACACUAUUAGAAUGCGUAUGCAACAUUUCUAACAAAACGUAUAUUGGUUUGGUACUUGUUAAAUAUUUGCCUACAAACAUACAAACCUGUUUACUUGAAGCAAUUUAAGGAGAAAACGAAAAUUUGCCAAAAGCCGACUGAAAUUUAGUCAUAUUAUGACUAAUUGAUUAAACAAAACAAUGUUGAUUGAAAUUUAAACAAUUAGUACAUAUGUAUAUGUAUAUAAUAUUUAACAUGCUGUACAAUUUUCGUAUGGCUAAAAUAUAGAUAUAAACAACUUGAAUAAUUAACUUAUAGAAAAAAGAUGAUGAAUCAUGUUAAUUAAUAAUUAGGAUAUUAAUAUAUUAAGAAUCCGUUCAAUAGAAAUUUCCAUUCAUAUAUAUUAAGUAUACUUGUACUUGUAAGAAACUGCAUUUAUAAUUCGUAUCAUAAAAAUAAGUUACGCUGAAGCUGUAGUGAAUAUUGUUGUACCAGUUUUAUUAUAAUAUUUAUGUAUGAGAAUAAUAGUUUGACACCCUGAUAUCUUAUAUAUUUAUUUAAUAACUUACCCCAUUUACGGCGCCGAUCAUUGUGGUUUUCAUAAAAGGCUAAAACGUACAGAGAUUAGCCACACCCGAAGCUAUUGAAUUUGUUUCUCCUUUUAAAUCUAUUUGUACAUACAUACAUACAUAUUUAAGUAUAACUAUUAUGAACUAGCGUCAUUUGAGAAAUCUAUAAAUGAAAUAUGAAUAUUCUGAGUCGCAUUUAAUAUAUAAAUUCUCGUUCCAUGACCGUGGUAGCUGAUUGCAGUUACAAUUGGAUGGUUGACAAUAAAUGCAGAUUGUGACAAGUGCCCGGUCAAUUGCAGCUAUGCGGACAAACACCCAUGUACAUUCUCUAAAUAUGUUUAUAGGGUAGGCGAUUAGAAUGUCUGAUGCCCUUAGAACAUAUCGCUCAUUUACUUGAAUAGUGUCACAACUCAAAAAAGUCGAUUUUUCAGGAGAGCGGCUUAAAGUUUUCAAUUAUCUCUUAUUUAGCCAAUAUAGAAAACUGCCAACAGUUUUUUGACAAAUCUAGUGGCCUGUAAUAUAUUAAAUACAAUGUUGAGCAGAAAUGGACCAAAUAGAGUGUACUAAUGCUUUUUCUUGGGCAUAAAUGUGACCCAUUUUGAAUUAUGUCGUUAUUUGUGAUAUAUAUAAAUCAAGUCAAAUGUGUCGUUUUUGCUGAAAAAAAAGCAAUAUGAAAAAUUUAAUUAAUUUUCACCAGUAUCGUUCCAACACAAAAUAUGUCGUUCUUUCUGAAAAGAAAACUAACUUCACCCUAAGACAAUAUGUGUAAUUCUGGCACAACUGAGAAGUGUCGUUAUUGUGGUUAAAAAAUAUUGCAACAUAACAAGUUUAAUAACGGCACAUUCCUAUUUCACCGCUUAUUUUUCUGCGCAUCGGAAUGAAAUUUUCAUACAAUAUGGACGAUGAAAUUGCGCACAUUUCUGCUUACUCAACUCAAAAAUCGUGUGACACUAUUCAAGUAAAUGAGCGAUAUGUAAGAAUAUUUUACAAAAAUUACAAAAAGAAAACAUUUUAUUUUUAAAUUUUCCCCACACAUGUAUUUUUAAACAUUGCCAUAGUUGUAAGUUAGAAUAAUAUUGUAAAAGGUAUCGGUAAUCGUUGCUUAUGUCUUCCCGUCUAAAUUACCAAACAGCAGACGUAAACUCAUUCAUUAAGAAAUCUUGCAAACAUUUUAUAGGAAUAUUAAUAAUUAAAAUACAUAAUAGUGGAAGUAACAGCAAUUAAGUCAAUAUGAAAAGUUCGAUUAAAUUUUUGUUAACAAACAUGUUCUUAUUACAUGGAUAUUUAUACAACAUAAUAUAAUAUACACACAAUGAACUGUAUAUUUACAUAUGCAUAUGAUAUAAUGGUUUAGAUAGGAAGAUCAAAUCCACUAUGGCCCAUAAAACUUUUGUUCAGAUGAAUCCAAUAUGACGUAAUUUUAUGUACAUUUCCUUUGACCUUUUUUACUACCGAAUUAUCUUUUUCGCUCUCCUGUAUAUAACGAGAUAGUCAUGCAUUUUACUUUUGAAACUAAACAAACUGAAAUUGAGAGAAACAGUAAGAAGUUCUUUUAAUAUAAUUUGCCUUGUUUAAGAACAUUAAAAUCCAUUUUAUUAAAUUUCUCAUCAAAGGUCUAAAUAAAUUAAUUGUAUACAAUUUGUCACCUGAUGCAUAUGUAAAUCGGUAGUUUAUACUCGUACGUUUUUUUUUAUAAAUGUAUUUUUAUGGAAUUUCGAUAACUGACAUAGUGUUAAGCUUAACAGUUUUCUUAUAUUGAUACUCAUAAUGUAGUAAUCGAAGAUAUUUAAAUUUAUUGAACCCUAAGGUAGUAAGUUGUGGCCAAUUUUGAAUCGAGUUCUUACCCACAAUAGCGAUAUUAGCAUACAUAUGUACGUAUAGAUAUGUGUGUGCAUACGUGUAAAAGUAUACUACAUACAUACAUAUGUAAUUUGCAACAAGAUGUUACGAGCCAAGUACCACUAUGUCAGCUACAUCAAUAAUCUCUAAAUGUUAAGGUUAAAAAAAAACAUUGAAAUCGUUUAAUUAUUUAAAAAUGGCAAAUUGUCUUACGUAUCAAAUAACGCAUUGCAACGGGGUUUUAGAAACAACGUAGCUAAAUUACACUACAAGUGUGUCUCACAGAGAGUGGCUAACGUAGUGGUAUUACAUAACUGGUUUAACGUAAUAAUAUAGGAAUGUCCAUUAACAGUUUUAAUGACGUACCGGAGAUUUACAUACAUACAUAAGAAACCUAAUGUUAUACUUUUGAGUUUUGUUAAGACAUUUACUUAUAUACAUUUACAUACACACAUACAUAAAUAAUA